UCACGUCAUCAUCGCGCGCCGCCGCCUUCGCCUUCUUCCACUUCGCGGGAGAAGUUGUUGGCGCGAAUGGAUCCCGAGCUCCGGUAACGGAUUCGCCAGCCGGUCGGCCCGUCCGCCGGCGCCUCAAUCCUGGGGCUGCGAUGGACAUUAGGAAAUUUUUUGGAGUUAUACCAGGAGGAAAGAAACUUGGAAGUGAAACAGUAAAGAAGAAUGAGAAAACAAAGUCUGCUGAAGAAACAUUAAAAACGAAGAAAGGAAUAAAGGAAAUCAAGGUCAAUAGUUCUUCUAAGGAGGAUGUCUCCAAACAGAAGCAAUCAAACAAGAAAAAGAGGAUCAUCUAUGAUUCAGAUUCAGAAUCAGAGGAGACAACACAGGUAAAAAAUGCCAAAAAGCAACCAGAAAAAUUGCUGUUAUCUUCUAAACUUGGUAAAAUUUUACGGCAGGAUCCUGUUACAUACAUUUCGGAAACAGAUGAGGACGACGACUUUAUCUGUAAAAAGACAGCCUCUAAGUCAAAAGAGAAUGGAGGAUCUGCAAAUAGUUAUCUUGGAGCAUCAAACGUGAACAAGAAUGAAGAAAACACUAAGACCAAGAAUAAGCCCUUAUCACCAAUAAAACUUACACCUACAUCAGUGCUGGAUUAUUUUGGAACUAGAAGUGUCCAAAGAUCAGAUAAGAAGAUGGUGGCAAGCAAAAGAAAAGAGCCUCCAGAAAACACAGAUGAUUCUGGAUUAAAUGAUGAAGCCAUCGCCAAGCAGCUGCAGCUUAAUGAAGAUGCAGAGCUGGAGAGGCAGCUGCACGAAGAUGAAGAGUUCGCCAGAACCUUGGCCAUGUUAGACGAAGAGCCCAGGACUAAAAAGGGUCGAAAGGAAACAGAAGAGGGAGGAACAUUUUCAUCUGUCCAAGCCAAUUUAAGUAAAGCAGAAAAACACAAAUAUCCUCAUAAAGUCAGAACAGAACAAUUUUCAGAUGAAAGAAAGAGCCACAGUCCUAAGACGCCAACUAAACGUGAAAGUUUAAUAGAAACUCAGCAACAUUCCAAGCCAUCAACUCCCAAGACAGGACAGUCCUCUUCUCCAAAGGCCAGUUCUAAGCAGGCACUUAUGAAUAAAAAAGAGAGCUCUUAUAAAGAAACAGAGCCUGCAACCUCAAAAAGAAAAGAAAAUGCCAUUGAAUUGAAAGGAGAGACAAAAACUCCGAAGAAAAACAAAAGUUCUCCAGCCAAAAAAGAGUCUGUAAGUCCUGAAGAUGCUGAAAAGAAACGUAGUAAUUAUCAAGCUUAUCGAAGUUACUUAAAUCGAGAAGGUCCCAAAGCUUUGGGCUCCAAAGAAAUACCAAAGGGAGCUGAAAAUUGCUUGGAAGGCCUCAUCUUUGUAAUCACAGGCGUGCUGGAGUCCAUUGAACGAGAUGAAGCCAAGUCUCUCAUUGAACGUUAUGGGGGGAAAGUAACAGGAAACGUCAGCAAGAAAACCAGCUACCUUGUCAUGGGCCGGGACAGUGGGCAGUCCAAGAGUGACAAGGCAGCAGCCUUGGGGACAAAAAUUAUUGAUGAAGAUGGCCUACUGAAUCUGAUCCGAACUAUGCCAGGCAAGAAGUCCAAGUAUGAAACAGCAUUUGAAGCUGAGAUGAAGAAAGAAAAGUCCAAAUUGGAGAAAACACCCCAAAAAAAUGAACAAGGAAAAAGAAAAAUUAGUCCAACUAAAAGGGAAUCAGAAUCUAAAAAGAAGAAGCUGACGCCGAAAAGGGACAUUUCGGUAAAGCCAGUACCAAAGGAAAUGAGUGAGUUCAGGAGAGGCCUGGACUUCAUGGAGCAGGUGGCCGAGGGGCUGAAGGCUAGGAACUUGGCUGAUGACAGCAGUGAAAACAAGGUGGAAAAUUUGCUCUGGGUGGAUAAAUACAAGCCAACCUCCCUUAAGACCAUCAUUGGACAGCAAGGCGACCAGAGCUGUGCCAACAAACUCCUACGCUGGCUUCGAAACUGGCAUGAGAGUUCCUCAGAAGACAAGAAACAUGCAACAAAGUUUGGUAAAUUCGCUGGCAAAGAUGACGGCUCUGGCUUUAAAGCUGCAUUACUCUCAGGGCCCCCCGGUGUUGGCAAAACCACCACAGCUUCUCUGGUGUGCCAGGAAUUGGGAUACACCUACGUGGAACUGAAUGCAAGUGAUACUCGGAGUAAGAACACUUUGAAGGCAGUUGUUGCCGAAUCACUGGACAAUACCAGCAUCAAAGGCUUUUAUUCAGGUGGAGCAGCCUCUUCAGGAAGCAUGAAGCACGCCCUCCUCAUGGACGAGGUGGACGGCAUGGCAGGCAGUGAGGACAGGGGAGGGAUUCAGGAAUUAAUUGGCCUCAUAAAACAUACUAAGAUCCCCAUUAUAUGUAUGUGCAAUGAUAGAAAUCAUCCUAAGAUCCGCUCUUUGGUUCAUUAUUGUUUUGAUCUUCGUUUUCAAAGACCUCGGGUUGAACAGAUUAAGGGUGCUAUGAUGUCUAUUGCAUUCAAAGAGGGUUUAAAGAUUCCCCCUCCAGCUAUGAAUGAAAUAAUUUUGGGAGCCAAUCAAGAUAUCAGACAGGUUUUACAUAAUCUGAGUAUGUGGUGUGCAGGAAAUAAGGCGUUGACCUAUGACCAGGCCAAGGCUGAUUCUCAUAGAGCCAAAAAGGAUAUCAAACUGGGCCCAUUCGAUGUUGCCCGGAAAGUGUUUGCGGCUGGAGAGGACACUGCUCAUAUGUCACUUAUGGAUAAGUCAGAUCUCUUUUUUCAUGAUUAUUCAAUAGCACCCCUGUUCGUCCAGGAGAACUACCUACAUGUGAAGCCUGUAGCUGCAGGGGGUGACAUGAAAAAGCACUUGAUGCUUUUAAGCCGAGCAGCAGAUAGCAUAUGUGAUGGUGACUUAGUGGACAGUCAGAUCCGGAGUAAGCAAAACUGGAGUCUUUUGCCCACACAGGCCAUUUAUGCCAGUGUUCUUCCUGGAGAGUUGAUGAGGGGCUACAUGACCCAGUUUCCCAGCUUUCCGAGCUGGCUGGGGAAGCACUCGUCUACAGGCAAACAUGAUCGUAUCACUCAGGACCUAGCAUUGCACAUGAGUCUCAAAACUUACUCCAGCAAAAGGACUGUAAACUUGGAUUAUCUAUCACACCUGAGGGAUGCACUUGUGCAGCCCUUGACCUCACAAGGGGUAGAAGGAGUCCAGGAUGUUGUUGCACUUAUGGACACGUAUUAUUUGAUGAAAGAAGACUUUGAGAAUAUCAUGGAAAUUAGCAGCUGGGCUGGCACACCUAGUCCCUUUUCCAAGCUGGAUCCCAAGGUGAAAGCAGCCUUUACGAGAGCUUACAAUAAGGAAGCCCACCUUACUCCAUAUUCACUUCAGGCAGUAAAGACAUUGAGACACAGCACAGGCUCAUCCCUGGAUUCUGAAUAUAAUGAAGAGUUACAUGAGGAUGACUCUCAAGCUGAUGAGAAAGACCAGGAUGCUAUAGAAACUGAUGCUAUGAUCAAGAGAAAGACAAAAUCUUCAAAGCCUUCAAAACCAGACAAAGAUGAGUCCAGAAAAGGAAAAGGGAAACGUUUGAAGAAAUGAAACUAUUUUUCCCUACCUUCCAGUAGCCACUUUUUACUCACCUUUCAGAUCAAUCAAGCUGGUGUAGAGAAAACCUCACUUUUCCCAGAGCAACCAUGUUUUAGCUUAAUGGUAAGACCUGGUGGUCCCCAUUAUAAAUAAAGGGCAAUGCAACUAGAAGGAUGCAACUGAUUGGCUCACGUACACCUCUUAUAGAGGUCGACAGGACUGCUUGCGUCCUCUGCUGUCCCAUCAAUCCAGUUGCAGUGUGUAUAAUUGGAACUAGAAACUAUAUGCAGGUUUUGGAGUCAGUGGCAUGAAGGUGUCUUUUGUAGACAUAAGAAUUUAUCCUAAUGGCCUUUAUGGGACCAAUUCUGAUACAUUUUUUAGAGGGAGUUCCUAUUAUGUGGUGAAAUUUUGUAAAUAAAUCGUAUUACAAAACACCACCUAAAACCGGGUAUUCUUUAUAUGCUGCCAAAUAUCUUGCAAAGUAUGCAUUAGGAAUGAAAAUGUUCCAUGUAACACAUGUACAAAUUCUUAAUAUUGCGUUGGUAUAUUACUUUCCUUACUCUCAUUUGCACACGAUGGGAUAAAAAAGCUUAUCCCUUACUAACCAGUUGCGUGAAACAGAACAUUGGCGGUUGAAGAGUCAGAACUCUAUUCCGUGAGCACUGACCACAUCUCUGCUGCGAACAGGAUUUCAUGGAGAGGCCUCUGUUGUUGUUACUAGAGGGGGCAGGGGACUGUGGAACAUGACAUUCUUAUCCUGGAGUCUCAACCUAUCAGGUUCAAGCAAGUAGGGCCCAGACUGGGUCAGAGUCUUAGGGCUCACUCUGUCAUGUGACAACAUUGGCUUUUGUUCACUUGGUCCCUGGGAGAUCUGGCCCUGUCCUAUGGUUGAUUCCACAGACCCCAAUGGAACUUUAGAUUGUUCCUGUACUUGUUGUGUGGCCCUGAGGCUGUGCAUCUAGCCAGCUGUUUUUUAAUCUUGGCGGUAAAUGCUCAGAGGUACGUGCCGUGCUGCCUCUGUGAGGUAUGUGCUAAAGGGAAUGUAAAUAAGGAUGGUAUUCCCUGCCUGCCUUUAGGAGAGGAGGGAUAAAGUGCCUGAGACAUUUAAAGUCUAUUUACCAGUGUGGAAAACGCCCUUUGUGGAGGUUAAUUCAUUAUGAAAAUAAAAUGUUUCCUUAAAGCCUUU